AUGCCCCAGUCGUUUUGCACUCCUGCCUGGCCAAAUCUUGCUCGAGUGGCUGGCCAAACAGGUCCACCAGCAAUCCCUGCUGUGGUGAGGCGACCCGCCGCUCCAAAUGCCAGCCAAGCAAUGUACAUUAGCGGUAGCUACCACUUUGUGCAGGGCCCUGUGCCGCACCAGUUGCCCUGGACUUUGCCCACCGCGCCGCCCGCGGCGCCAGCAGGACCUGGAUCAACGGCGACGCGCCUGAGUCAUGGAGGGGAAUUCGAAGAAGGUGACGAAGUCCAAAAAGUGCUACAGAUUGAACAGAUUUCCGUGGCAAGCGGUGUCUUGGGUCAGGAGGUUGAACAAAGUUUCAGCUUGGUCUUGGAGCAGCUUGGGUUGGCAUUCAAACAAAACCAGGUCUUCAAACAGACGGAAGGUUCAUGGCAGAUAACGGACGAGUUCGACCACAAGCUCAAGCAGCGUCAGAAGCUUUUCGAAGAUCUUCGCACAAAUCCUGACAUGGACUGCGGCACAAAAUUACACGACACCGACUACAUGCGGAAGUUGCUGAAGGUUGCGCAGUCGACGAGCGACAGGAAAAGACGUGCCAGUGCGAUCAUGGGCGUGAAGCCUUGGUCAAAUGAAAUGAAAGCAUUCGAAGUCGACUUCGUCGUUUCCGGGCCAAUGGACGGUUGUGAAGCUAUGGAGAUCCCCAUCCAACUUGCUCGGAUCGGGGACCCCCCGGCAGUUGCUUGGACAGAGAUCCAGACUCUUUGCAAGAAUGGUGCGUUGAUAGAAGUAACUGCCCAGCCUUGGCAGCAACACAAACCCGAAAGCUGUACAUGGAAAUGGCUGGUGGAAGCGCAAACAUGCAAGUUUCCCAGCGGACAGUCUUUGUACUUUUUCAAUGGCUUUGAUGGUGCCAAGCUGGCAAAGCAUAGGCAGCGCAUCCACGUAUUCUGGUACAACAGAAAGCAGCUGCUGUCCUUCCCAACCUCGUUGGAGCACCUGAGGCGCAGCCUUUGCUGCAUGACAACAUGUGAGGCUGUGUGUUUUGCGUUUCGCGCCUCGGUGUUCAACAGCUGCAGGCAAAUCGAAGAUCUUCGGGGAGAAAACGAGGACUUGAAGCAGAGGCAGCGGCAAGGUUUGUUCGACAGCAGGAAGAGCAGUCAGUCUUUGCUGACACGACAACAUUUGAGGCUGCGUGAGUCUUCUGCCACCCGAGGAAUCGUUGAUCUGCAAGUUUGCUGUCAGUUCAUGUUUGCAGCGUUGUUGAAUGGAUGCAAUUGGCAUGAACUGGUAGCGCGUUUGCUCUGCGAGGACAGGCACACAGAGCAUGUCUUGGCGCUCCUCGAAGGCGCUGGCCAAAACAUGCUCUCCGGCGAAGAGCUGGUAGCUGACUUCUCGCAGGGCUCCCAGGGGCUGGCGAAGACGGAUCUGGGUGUCGAGUCGAUUGUCGAUGACCUGCAUGGAGGAGGAGCUGUGGGCCCAGUCGUUGGUGGGGUGAAGGAAGUAGGUCUCUCCCGAUAUCAUGUAGAUUGGCUCGUUCGCCUCGGGCUGCCCCAGCUGCCGGAGCACGGCAUCCUUGACGUUGCGGGCAACCUGCCUUGCUCCAGGCGUCGUUUUGUCGGGACAGCCCCAGUUCCAGGGCUGUCACAGCCACUCCGUGUACUUGUCCUUGAAGAAAGCCUUCCCCAGUUUGGUCAGAUGGUACUGUCCGUUGGCCUGCAGGGUUCGCACAAGCUUCCGUGCGCCGCCCCUGGUCAAGAUGUAGUCCGAGGGGCCGUCUCGAAUGAGAGGCUGGCUCUGGUCGAACUGGCGACUGGGCGGACUGCGGCCGGUGAUGUCGUGAUAGAACUGCCCGGCUCGGGUGAGCUGCCCGUUGGGGCGAGUCAGGAGCACGGAUUGCAGGCGGUGGUCCCUCAAGGGCAGAAGCUGCGAGCCUUGCGCUGA